ACCGCUACCUCUCCGAUGGCGUCCCUCGCCGCCUUACACCCUACCCUCCCCCACGCCCACCGCCACCCUUCCCAUCCCAACCCCACCACCGGCCUCCUCCGUCUCUUUCCUACACGCCGACCCCAUCGUCGACCCCGCCGGAGGGGGUUCGGCCUCGCCGUCUCCACCUGCGCCUCCUCCACAGCGUCAUCCUCAGCCGCCGGGCGAGGCGACCGCUCCGAAGCAGCCUCUUCGCUCGAGCGAUGCAUCGCGGCGUCCGCCCCCAGCCCCGUGGCACCCGCCGCUGCGCCUCCGCGUGCCCCACCGGCGAUGAAGGGUGGGAAACAGUAUGGCGCGUUCGGCGCCAUCACGCUCGAGAAGGCCAAGCUUGACAUAUCCCAGCGCAAGAAGAAAAUUAUUCCCGAGCUGGCGACGGGUGGUGGUGGUGGAGAUAUUGGGAAGAGGAUUGGCCAUGGUGGUGGUGAUGGUGGGGAUGAUGAUGGAGACGAUGAUGAUUACUUCGAUGAUUCUGAUGAUGGAGAGGAAGAAAACGGUGGACUUUUCAGGAGGCGAAUUGUUAUACAGGAGCUAUUUAAUAGAGAGUUCAUAGAUGCUGUAAUGCAAGAGUGGUGCAAAACAAUGAGUAAUUUACCUGCUGGUCUCCGGCAGGCCUAUGAGAUGGGUUUCGUAAGUUCUGCUCAGAUGGUGCGGUUCUUGUCAAUGUUUUCAAGGCCUACACAUACAAGGUCCUUUUCACGAGCCCUACCUGGAUGGCUAGCUAGAGGUCUUGUUGGAAGAACACUUGCAGAUCCAUCAUUCCCACAUAAGAUGGCUUUUGAGUUCAUAGCUACUUUUGCCUCGUCUGUUUGGUGGGAGAUGAACAUUCGUAAGGAGAGGUUUGAGCAAGAAUGGGAUUUGGCAGUUGUUAAUGCUUUGACUGCAUCAUGUUGCAACCUUGUGGUUCUGGGGCUUCUGGCACCAUGCCGCUCAUAUGGGAGUACAUCCCGAUUUGACAUCCAAAAUGCAAUUGAGAAACUUCCUAACAACAUAUUUGAGAAGAGUUAUCCUCUGAGAGAGUUUGAUCUACAUAAAAGAAUUAAUGCAUUCCUUUACAAAGCUGCUGAGCUUAGCCUGGUUGGGGUCAUUGCUGGAUCUGUUCAGAGUGGUCUGUCGAAAGCCCUGUCUGCAAGGAAGGAGGGCAGAUUAUCAGUGACCCUUCCUUCUGUCAGUACCAAUGCCCUUGGUUACGGAGCUUUUCUAGGACUAUAUGCAAACUUGCGAUAUCAAUUAUUGUGUGGUCUAGAUCAAUAUGCGGUCAAGCGUUUUGAUGUUCUUGGUGUGGCGAUCUUCUUUGGUACAGCACUAAGAUUGAUGAAUAUUCAGAUAGGUGAAUCGGCGAGGCGCACAUGGCUUGGAGAGGAAGCUGAUCCACAAUAUUCUGAUCGAUUGCUGAGGUCAUACACCAGUCCAGUGCAGGUUACCACUGAUGCGGAUCAACAAGAGUCAAGGUGGUUUAUAUCCAAGGAUGCAGUUGUGUCUGGCCUUGGUCUUCUUGGCAUCAAGCAGGGUGGACCUGAGGCACAGCUGUCCAAGCCCCGGCGAAAGAGAGUUGUCCGGAAAAAGGUUACCUCUGGUUGAAAGUAGUGGACCUGCUUGUGCUGGAACAAUUUUGCCUUAGUUCCACUAUGCUCUACCAAGUCAUACCAAAUGUGAGUAAUGUGGAAAGCUAUCAUUGCGAAUCGGCGGGCAGUUUAUCCGCAAAGCCAUCAAAGGGGUAGUUGAGAGACUUGUGUCCUUUGCCAUUUUGUAUCUUUCUUGAUUUCUGAAAAUAAUUGAAAUCUGAAUUUCUUGCAA